AUGGAACUGGAGGAUGAGGAUGGUCAAUCAAAGAGUACUGCAGAAGCUGAAUCUACGAACGCCUGGAGAUUAGAUGGCCCAGACGGUUAUGGUAGGCAGAAUUCCAAAAGGGCCCCCAAUGUUCCUGCCUCUUACACACUUGUUCAUUUUAAACAUACCACAUCCUCUUCCAUCACUUUCCUGCUGACUGGUGUUCCUGGGCUGGAAGCCUUCCACACCCGGAUCUCCACUGCCUUCUGCUUUCUCUAUGUGACUGCUCUCUCAGGAAACAGUCUGAUUCUCUUUGUCAUUGUCACCCAGUCAGGCCUUCACACACCCGUGUACUAUUUCCUCUCCAUGCUGUCCACCACUGACCCCGUCUUGUCCGUUUCCACCCUGGUCACCACGAUGGGCAUAUUCUGGUUCAAUGCCAGGGAGAUCGCCUUUAAUGCCUGCUUGUCACAGAUGUUCUUCAUUCAACUUUGCACUGCCAUGGAAUCUUUGGUGUUGUUGGCUAUGGCCUUCGAUCGAUUUGUGGCCAUCUCUAAUCCUCUUAGAUAUGCCUUUAUCUUAACUGAUCUUAAAAUGGCACAGAUUGGAGGGGCCAUCAUCACCAGGGGGAUGCUAGUACUGACUCCUAUGGUGGUGCAGCCUUGGCUCCACCACUCCUACUGCCUCCACCCUGACGUGAUGAAGCUCUCGUGCACAGACACCACAGUCAACAAUGCAGCUGGGCUGACUGCCCUGAUCUCUACCGUUGGUGUGGACUCAGUCCUCAUGCCCUUUUCUUAUAUUCUGAUCAUUAAGACUAUCCUCAGCAUCGCAUCCCCGGAAGAGAGGAAGAAAGCCUUCGGCACUUGUAUCUCCCACAUUGGGGCUGUUGCUAUUUUCUAUAUUCCAUUGAUCAGCCUGUCCUUUGUUCACAGAUUUGGGAAACGAGCCCCAGCCUAUGCACAUACUCUGAUUGCUAACACCUACCUGCUGAUCCCUCCUGUCAUGAACCCCAUCAUCUACAGUGUGAAGACCAAACAGAUACGCAGAGCUGUGAUAAAAAUUCUCCAUCCUGGAGCAGCAAAGAAUUAA